CAAGUCAUGAACACGCGUGUUAUAAAGUGGAUUAUAUUUAAUUUACAAUUCAAUGUUUUUGGUGUUUUGGUUAAACUUGAGGAGCAACAAAUAGAAGAAACUAAAAUAGAAUUAUCGCCCCUGCUAAUACCAUGUAGCCUCGAAGACAUCGUUAUAAUCAAUGCUCCAAUCAUCACCAAUAACACUCAAUACUAUUUGAACAAACCAAACGGUGAUGUAAAAAAACUAAACAUUCAUCAUACCUGUAGUUCUUCUCUACAUAAUAUCAUCGCCAAAAACCGAACAAAAGAAGUUAUAAAUGCCUCAAAUUUUAAAAUAACUAAUGAAAAUAGCCUUAAUUCUAUGAAUGUAUUUGAUAAUGAAGUCAGUGUAGCAUGUGAUGAGUUCAUGAUUGGUCCCCUGGGUGUAGAAGACCAUGGAAAUUGGGUGUUGAGCGCUUUUGAGAAGGAUGAGAAGUGGAUCGAAGUAUUUCAAGUAAUUUCGAUUGAAAUCGUAGAGAACAUACUAGCCUCUCCACCAAUGCAAUACCACAUAAAAGGAGAUAAUUUCGAACUCAGUUUCCCCUAUUCCAUAGACAACCUAGAAAGUUGCGAACUCAUCAAACCAAACGGUAGCCGAGACAGAUACUACAACAGAACGAGAAAGAAAUGUAAGUCAUGUGGAUACAUAGUGCCGAAUGUCACUGAAAAUGAUGAAGGUCAGUGGACUAUUGUUGGUGUUGGCAACAUUGUGUAUAAAACUUCAUCGAAUUUAAUUAUAGAAAGAAAACAUUAUUAUGAGUUUUACUGUGCUUUUUUUUAUCAAACCUAUCUCUAA